UGCCUACUGACCCUUUUUCAGGCCUAUCCGUCCCGUCGAGCAAGACGUGAGCAUGACAUCGAAUGGUGGAGGAAGUUGGGAUACGGAUUUGGCCAUUACUACAAUGAUUUAUGUGCUAGUAUGUGGUUCACGUACUUAAUGAUCUAUCUUGAAAAAGUCCUAAGAAUUCAAAGCUCGAAAGCGGGUCUGUUGAUGCUUAUCGGCCAGGUCACCGAUGCCAUUUCGACCCCCCUUGUUGGAAUUGCCAGCGACUCCAGCAUGUUACCGAAGUGGUUUGAUAAAAUUGGUCGGCGAAUGUCAUGGCAUAUAAUAGGUACAUUAUGUGUGACGUUCUCGUUCCCGUUCAUUUUUAACCGCUGUUUUGUGUGCUCUGAUUCGGGCUCCGAAUGGUACAAAGUCCUGUGGUUUGUACCGUUCAUAAUGCUUUUUCAAUUUGGUUGGGCAUCCGUGCAGAUCGCACAUCUAGCACUAAUACCUGAACUGUCCUCGCUCGAUAGUAGUCGAACUACAAUGAAUUCUUUAAGGUAUUCUUUCACUGUUGUCGCAAAUGUGACGGUAUUUAUCAUGAUAGCCCUAUUCCUUUCUCAAAGCUCUGAACAUUCGGAAAUUGGCCCAUACGAUUUCAAGCAUUUCCAGAAUGCCGGCUUCAUCGUUGUUGGUGGUGGACUACUGGUUACCUUCUUGUUCUAUGCUAUGGUUCGUGAACCAAAGUUUGGAAUAACCCAACCUCUCCCAUUUUCUCUCAUCCAUUCCAUAUCUUUCUAUUUCAGUCGUGUAAGCUCGAUUUCGUCUAGCGCAAGUGAACUAAUGAAAAUGCAUUGGACGAGUUGGUUUGGAUAUCUGCAAUUUUACCAGAUUGGCUUACUGUAUAUGUUGUCACGUUUGAAUGUCAAUGUUUCGCAAGUAUACUUUCCUUUUUAUAUUACACUAACUCAGAACUACAGUAAGGAAUAUGUUGCAAUACUUCCCAUGAUCUGUUAUAUUUCUUCAUUUUUACUGUCAACUAUCAAUGGAUUACCCUGUUUGAAUACGUUGAUCAACCGCAAGUUUUUAUUCUUCCUUGGAUUGGUGAUCGGCAUAGGAGUAUGCGUUUGGAUGCUGUUUGAUCUACCUCUAUGGCAAAUGUACAUUUCCGUUAUAGGUGCUGCUCAGUCCAUUCUACUUGUGACAUCACUCUCUAUCACUGCCGAUUUGAUCAAUAGGAAUACGGAGAGUGGUGCAUUUGUUUACGGUGCGAUGAGUUUCGUUGAUAAACUUGCCAACGGUAUUGCUUACCAGAUUAUUGAACUGUGGAAUCCGUCAUGCGAUCCGACUGAGCCACAUGGUGCGUGCCAGAAGUUCUACCGAACGAUUAUGGUGUACGUCCCAGGAGGCACUCUUGUAGUGGCACUCUUGGUUCUUGUGACACUUGUACCAUCAAAAAUCGGUCGAAGAAGGGGAGCAACUAUUAAAGAGGAAGUGCCUGUGCUAAGAUGGCUAUGA